GAGAGGUAUAGGAGGAGUAGGCAUGACUGGGCCUUGGCUAGACUCAGUGCACACCCUAAGACAGAGGUAUCCAAGACUGGAUGAAGAAAAGGAAUAAAAGGGCACAGAGAGGGGAAAAAGUGGUGGUAUUAGUAACGUAAGUGAGAUUUAAUGGAUGUAAGAUUGACUGAUGCAGGCAAGCAACAGGAAAGUGCGCUGGAGAGGCUUUUAACCUAAGGACGCAAAGUGAGAAACUGCAAGGAGUGGACUUUGGUGGAGCAUAUGAUAAUAGCAAACAGUGAGUGAAGUGAAGUGAGUGAGGAAAGGCCACAGUUUCAUCUUGGGGAAUUAUUACCUGAUUUGGAUGGUAACCAUGGGCAAUGCAGCAACAUGUAAAGCAUGUGGAUCAGAUAAAACUUGUAGGAGCAGUGGGAGUGACAAAGAUUCAAACCAUCACACGGACUACUACGGAGCAGCUGACUCUGGAUCUGACGUUGAUGAUUCACUGUCCGACAGUAACACCAGUUUCCUGCGGGCUGCCAGAGCUGGGAACAUAGACAAAGUCCUGGAUUUCCUGAAAAAUGGAGUAGACAUCACCACCUGUAACCAGAAUGGUCUGAAUGCACUACAUCUGGCAGCAAAGGAGGGACACAAGGAUUUAGUGGAGGAGCUGUUGGAAAGAGGAGCACCUGUUGACUCUUCCACCAAGAAAGGAAACACCGCUCUCCACAUUGCCUCACUGGCCGGUCAGAAAGAAGUAGUCAGACUACUGGUGAAGAGAGGAGCAGAUGUCAACUCUCAGUCACAGAAUGGCUUUACUCCACUCUACAUGGCAGCCCAGGAGAGUCACUUGGAGGUGGUGCGAUACCUGUUGGAAAAUGAAGGCAAUCAAAGCAUUGCAACAGAGGAUGGCUUCACUCCACUGGCCAUCGCUCUCCAGCAGGGCCACAACCCAGUGGUCUCCCUGCUGUUGGAGCACGACACCAAGGGCAAGGUCCGCCUCCCAGCCCUGCACAUCGCAGCCCGCAAAGAUGACACAAAGUCUGCCGCGCUGCUGCUCCAGAACGACCACAAUGCCGACGUCCAAUCUAAGAUGAUGGUCAAUAGAACUACGGAGAGUGGGUUCACUCCUCUGCACAUCGCGGCUCAUUAUGGUAACGUGAAUGUCUCCACGCUGUUGCUGAACAGAGGAGCUGCUGUGGACUUCACAGCCAGGAAUGGGAUAACGCCUCUCCAUGUGGCCUCCAAAAGAGGCAAUACCAACAUGGUGGCCCUGCUGCUGGACCGAGGGGGUCAGAUAGAUGCUAAAACCAGGGAUGGGCUGACCCCCCUGCACUGUGCAGCCAGAAGUGGACACGACCCAGCAGUGGAAAUUCUGCUGGAGAGAGGAGCUCCCAUCUUAGCCAGAACCAAGAACGGACUGUCCCCACUGCAUAUGUCGGCCCAAGGAGACCACGUAGAGUGUGUUAAACUCCUGCUGCAGCACAAGGCGCCUGUUGAUGAUGUCACAUUGGACUACCUCACAGCGCUGCACGUCGCCGCUCACUGUGGCCACUACAGAGUCACCAAGCUUCUGCUGGACAAGAAGGCCAAUCCCAAUGUCAGAGCACUGAACGGUUUUACUCCUCUCCAUAUUGCUUGUAAGAAGAACAGAGUGAAGGUGAUGGAACUGUUGGUCAAAUAUGGAGCCUCCAUUCAGGCCAUUACUGAGUCUGGUCUGACGCCCAUCCAUGUAUCUGCCUUCAUGGGCCACCUCAACAUUGUUUUACUUCUGCUACAGAAUGGAGCAUCUCCUGACGUCCGUAACAUUCGUGGUGAGACAGCCCUCCACAUGGCAGCACGAGCAGGUCAGAUGGAAGUGGUUCGCUGUUUGCUGAGGAACGGAGCGUUGGUGGAUGCCAUGGCCAGGGAGGACCAGACUCCCCUCCACAUUGCUUCCCGUUUGGGGAAAACUGAUAUUGUCCAGUUGCUGCUGCAGCACAUGGCUCAUCCAGAUGCUGCCACCACCAACGGCUACACUCCCCUCCACAUUUCAGCCAGGGAGGGCCAGGUAGAGACUGCUGCCGUGCUGCUGGAAGCCGGAGCCUCACAUUCACUGGCCACAAAGAAAGGAUUCACUCCAUUACAUGUAGCAGCUAAAUAUGGAAGCCUCGAUGUAGCACAACUUCUCCUUCAACGCAAAGCUCUCACUGAUGAUGCUGGCAAGAAUGGCCUAACUCCACUACAUGUGGCAUCUCAUUAUGACAACCAAGACGUAGCUCUGCUGCUGCUGGAUAAAGGGGCCUCGCCUCAUGCUACUGCAAAGAAUGGCUACACUCCUCUUCACAUUGCAGCCAAAAAGAACCAGACAAACAUUGCAUUAGCGCUGCUGCAGUAUGGAGCAGAGACCAACAUUCUCACCAAGCAGGGAGUCAGCCCUCUACACCUGGCAGCCCAGGAAGGACACGCUGAGAUGGCCAGCCUGCUCCUGGGCAAAGGAGCUCACGUCAACGCAGUCACAAAGAGCGGACUGACCCCUCUGCAUCUUGCAGCCCAAGAAGACAGGGUGAAUGCAGCAGAAGUACUGGCCAAACAUGAUGCCAACUUGGAUCAGCAAACUAAGCUUGGAUACACUCCUCUAAUAGUGGCCUGUCACUAUGGAAAUGCAAAGAUUGUCAACUUCCUGUUACAACAAGGUGCCAGCGUCAAUGCCAAAACCAAGAAUGGAUACACACCUCUUCACCAGGCAGCACAACAAGGGAACACACACAUCAUCAAUGUGUUGCUACAGCAUGGCGCCAAGCCCAAUGCUACCACAGUGAAUGGAAACACGGCUCUGUCUAUUGCCAGACGUCUGGGUUACAUCUCUGUAGUGGACACACUGAAAGUUGUCACAGAGGAGGUCAUCACUACCACAACGACGGUCACAGAGAAACACAAGCUCAAUGUGCCUGAGACCAUGACUGAGAUCCUCGAUGUGUCUGAUGAAGAAGCUUUGAGGCUGGAAGACGAGCCAUUGUCUGAGAUGUCUGUGGAGCUGGAAGGUGAGGACACUAUGACAGGUGAUGGAGGAGAGUAUCUGAGAGCAGAGGAUCUAAGAGAACUGGGAGACGACUCUCUGCCAGGACACUACCUGGAUGGCUUCAGCUACAUGAGCCACAACCUAGACAGGCCGCAGCACACUCCCAUUCACCAAAGUUUCCAUCAGAGAGAGGGAGUUCUCAUCGAAGAGGUGCUUACAAGUCACCAGGUAUCAGCGCUGUCUAGAGAGCAUGAAAAGGACUCAUUCCGUCUGAGCUGGGGUGCUGAGCACCUUGAUAAUGUGGUCCUGUCCUCCAGUCUGCUACACUCUGGCCGUUCCUCUCCAUGCCUAGACCAUGACAACAGCAGCUUCCUGGUCAGCUUCAUGGUAGAUGCCAGGGGCGGGGCCAUGCGCGGUUGCCGUCACAAUGGCCUGCGAAUCAUCGUACCACCACGAAAGUGUUCUGCACCCACACGGGUGACAUGCAGGCUGGUGAAGAGACACCGUCUGGCCUCUAUGCCUCCUAUGGUGGAGGGCGAGGGGCUGGCUGGUCGCAUCAUAGAAGUGGGACCCACUGGAGCCCAGUUCCUGGGUAAGCUCCACCUUCCCACAGCUCCGCCCCCUCUAAAUGAGGGUGAGAGCCUGGUCAGUCGCAUCCUGCAGCUGGGUCCUCCAGGAACAAAGUUCCUCGGGCCUGUGAUUGUGGAGAUACCCCAUUUUGCAGCUCUGCGGGGCACAGAGAGAGAGUUAGUGAUCUUGAGGAGUGAAACAGGGGAGAGCUGGAGGGAACACCACUGUGACUUCACUGAAGAGGAACUGAACCAGAUACUUAACGGAAUGGAUGAAAAACUUGAUUCCCCUGAGGAGCUUGAGAAGAAAAGAAUAUGCCGCAUCAUCACGCGAGACUUCCCACAGUAUUUUGCAGUGGUGUCACGGAUAAAGCAGGACAGUCAUUUGAUUGGACCAGAGGGCGGGGUCCUCAGUAGUACUCUUGUGCCUCAGGUCCAGGCUGUCUUCCCUGAAGGUGCCCUCACCAAGAAGAUCAGAGUUGGGCUACAGGCUCAGCCCAUUGAUGUAGAGGUGGUGAGAAAGAUUCUUGGUAUGAAAGCCACAUUCAGCUCAAUUGUCACAUUGGAGCCAAGAAGGAGGAAGUUCCACAAACCGAUCACCAUGACAAUCCCUAUCCCCAAGAGCUCCAACAGUGAUGGGCCAAGCACAGAGUUCAUUGGGGAGACCCCCACCUUACGUUUGCUUUGCAGCAUUACAGGUGGAACCACUCCUGCCCAAUGGGAGGACAUCACUGGCUCUACACCUCUCACCUUUGUUAACCAAUGUGUUUCAUUCACUACAAAUGUGUCAGCGAGGUUCUGGCUGAUAGACUGCAGACAGAUCCAGGAGUCUGUUAGUUUUGCCUCUCAGCUGUACAGAGAGAUCAUCUGUGUUCCAUACAUGGCCAAAUUUGUCAUUUUUGCUAAAACACUGGACCCCAUUGAGGCCCGCCUACGCUGUUUCUGCAUGACAGACGACAAGAUGGACAAGACCCUAGAGCAGCAAGAGAACUUCACUGAAGUUGCCCGUAGUCGAGAUGUUGAGGUGCUAGAGGGAAAACCUAUAUUUGCUGACUGCUUUGGAAACCUGGUGCCUCUCACCAAGAGUGGACAGCACCAUGUGUUCAGCUUCUUUGCCUUCAAGGAAAACCGACUAGCUCUCUUCAUCAAAAUUAGAGACACAGCACAGGAGCCAUGUGGUCGCCUGUCCUUCACCAAGGAGCCACGCACGUACCGUAGUCUUACCCACAAUGCUAUCUGCAACCUUAACAUCACUCUCCCAACAUACUCAAAGGAGUCUGAUUCAGACCAAGAUGCAGAUGAUGAGAGUGAGAAGAGUGACAAGAAAUUGGAUUGGCAGGAUGAUGCUGACAGGAAAGAGGAGACAUUAGCUAUCAUUGCAGAUCUUCUUGGCUUCAGCUGGACUGAGCUGGCAAGAGAACUGGAAUUCAGUGAGGAUGAUAUCCAAUUAGUAAGAACAGAGAAUCCUAAUUCUCUCCAAGAGCAGAGCCAUGCCUUGCUGCAGCGCUGGGUUGAGCGGGAAGGCAAACAUGCCACAGAGGACUGUCUGAUUAAGAGACUAACCAAGAUAAACCGCAUGGACAUCGUCCAUCUUAUUGAAACCCAGAUGAACAAGUCAGUUCAAGAACAAACAUCUCGAACUUAUGCAGAAAUAGAGAAGACACUGGAUCACAGUGAAGUGUCAGUAGCCCUUUCUUCAGUGCAAGAGGAUGCAGACAGCCCCAGAGUUGUGAGAAGGGUGGAGUCAGACCGCAGACCACCCCCAGCUGUUUCUGAAGAGGAUCUCUCAGUUGCUUCGCUACUGGAUAUUCCUUCCUGGGCAGAGCCUAUUGGUCACACUCACUCAGAGAGCAUGCACGGUGACCUGUUGGAGGACCUUGAGAUCCCACAUGAAUUGAACCCUAACCUGUGGACUUCUGAGGAUGUAAUUGCACAAGAACCUACAACUUACGACAACUCAGAUGAGCAAGUAUCAACAGCAUCUUUCAAGACAAAUGUUUCAGAAUCUUCAAAACAAAAAAAUGUUCCUUUAGGACUGAGUCAGGUGUUUACAACCGAGACACCAUCUGUGGCACAUGAUCAAAACACACUUUCCACUGAAAAACUAGAAUUACCAAUUACCAAAACCCAACCUGAAAUCACAUUGACCGAUUUAAGUUGCUUACCACAGCAAAAAGAUGAAAAGAUGUCAUUCUUCAAACAAAGUGAAAAUUGUGGCUUAGCUAAACCAAGCUCUGUGACCCCAGACUCGUUCUGUCAAACAGCUCAAGACGGUCCAGAUGACCAAAUGAUCAUGUCCUCAGAGUCCACUCCAACACCACCAGGGUCUGGGUCCCCUCAGCUUGACCAACUGCUGUCAGAUCUGGAGGAGAUGAAACUUAAGUUUAGACCAGAGACACUUGAUCCAGCUCUGUCAGAAUCCAGUGAUGAAAGCCCUGAAAGUGAUCAUAUUUACGACUUUGAAUACCUUUCACCUGAAGAUCAAUGCCCUACAGAAGAUACUGAUACCCAGAAAGUUAGCAUGUUAUGUGUUAUACAGCCUGCAGAAGAUACUAACCACACAAAUUUAGCAGUCACAGAGCCUACACAUUUCCAGACAUCCAUUCAAGAUGAACCUGAAAAAGUCACAGUCACUCCUGAUCUAACAAAAUCCUCUGAGACAAGUAUACCAUCAAGUCUUGUUAUUUGUAAAGCUAGUCCUGCAUCUCCUACCGACUCCCCUUUAAUUCCUGAAUCUCCCCAAAGAUUUUGUGAAGUGAUGGAACCAUCACUGAACUCAAGUUUAGAAGAUAAAAAUUCUACUGAGACAUUUUUUGCAGUGAUUUCCCCAGAGAAGGCUGCAAAGAAUCAAUCUGACAAACCUGAGGAACCUCUGGCUAAUAUUUGUGAGGAAGAUUCUACAACUGACAUUUUACAAAGUCAAGAUGAACUUGAAUCAGCUAUAUCAUCUAAUGACUCAAGGGCUAAGACUGAAGAAAUAUCAACACAGAGUACCCAAGAUCAAAUUCCAUAUUUAUGGGAAGCAACUUCUGUUGAGGUCAGUCAGAGUGAAGAUUUCUCAUCUCAAUCUCUUUCUGAUUUGACUCCAGAGACAGUCACAUCUGCAAGACAUUUUUGCUUUGAGGAACUGAUACCGUACCCCUCCCCAGGGAACUUAGAGACAUCCUCAGAUGAGGAUAAGCCAAGGACCAGUGGACCACAUUCGGAAGAGUCCCUGACUCCAGUAGACUCUGAGUGUUUUCAACCCUCUUCAAUUACACUAAAAGCAGAGAUUACUUUAUCUAAUGACUCAAGGGGUGUGACUGAAGAAAUAGCAACACAGAGUACCCAAGAUCAAAUUCCAUAUUUAUUGGGAGGCAACUUCUGUUGAAGUCAGUCA